UAAGCAUAUACUAAUUUAAUCAUAUGUUUUCCAGCAAAUUGUGGUUGUCUCCAAUGUUAGAUCUCUCUUCACUUCACUCACUCUCUGCAACUUCACAUGUUUUUAUUAUUUUUGAAACUUUGAACAAACAACAACAACCUUAAUUAUUUGUUCAACACCAACGUCUUUUUUCUCUAUGUUUUGAUUACAUAUUUUGUAACGUUUUUUACUCUAUUUACUACCAUCUUUGACUUGGCUUCUUCCUUUGCAACUGCUUUUUCUUUUCUCUUUCUUUUUAUUAUUAUUAUUAUAUAUAUAGCUUUGCCUUAUGGGCGUUUCUCUUCUCUAUUCUUCAUUGCAGCCUUUUUCUUUGUUCUUUUGAAUACAUAUUUCCACACAAAAAAAAACUUUGUUUUUCUCAUCAAAAUCAGUUUCUAUUAUGUUUUAUUCCUGUGAAUUCUGAUUAACCUAUCUCAGGAUGUGAUGGCUUUUGGUUUCUGUGCUUGGAGUUUCUUCAUCUGGUUAGGCAGCUUCUUUUUCUUAUAUAGGCAAUUGAUAAUGAGGUGUUAAGAGGUUUUUGGAGAAGGAAGUUAAAAAAAAAAGCAUUUUCUUGUGAAUGGUCUAUUAUGACUAAUAAAAAAGCAUUACCAGUUCCAAAUUUUGGUAGUGACUUUUGCAUUAGUUACCAUAAUUCUUCGUCACAAAAGAUGAGAAUUAUGGAAGUGUUACCACCCUCCGAUGGCAACGGUUCCUCGACAAAAGAAGAACCUUUACCUCAGGAUGCAGAUUAUAACCUUAGUCUCAGCGACGAGCUAGAGACAUCGAUCUUGGCGAGAUUUCCAAGAUCACAACACUGGAAACUAUGUUUUCUAAACAAGAGAUUCUUGAGUCUUAUGAGAAGUGGCGAGAUAUACAAAAUAAGGAAAGAGUUAGGACUCAAAGAACCUUCUGUGUUUAUGUUAGCUAGCGGCGAAAGCAAUUGGUGGGGUAUGGAUUGGCCUUUCAUCUCAAGCAGGAAGUUACCAAGGAUUCAAUCAGAUUACAGCUUUGAGUUUGGUGAUAAAGAAUCCUUUUGUGCAGGGUCGCAGUUAUUGGUUUCGGGCAAAGAAAUCGAGGGUGCUGUUAUUUGGAGAUAUGAUUCAGAAACUAAUGAAUGGUUCAAAGGUCCAUUCAUGAUUAAUCCAAGGUGUCUUUUUGCUUCAGCUAGUUCUGGUAAUUACGCUUUCGUUGCAGGCGGCUUAGAAACAAACACUUAUAGCGAAAUAUUGGAUACUGCUGAGAAAUAUGAUUCCAAAACCAAAAUUUGGAAGCCUUUACCAAAGAUGAAUCAGAAGAGAAAAUUCUGUUCUGGUUGUUUCAUGGACAAGAGAUUCUAUGUUAUUGGUGGACAGGAUGAGAAUACAAAGGAUCUAACUUGUGGUGAGUUUUUCGAUGAAAAGACAGGCACAUGGAACUUGAUUCCUGAUAUGUUGAAAGAUUUUCCGGUUUCGGUUUCGCAGUCGCAGUCUCCGCCUCUUAUAGCUGUUGUUAAUAAUGAGCUUUAUACACUUGAUGCUUCUUCUAAUGAGUUGAAAGUUUAUGUCAAAAGGAUCAAUAAGUGGAAGAAAUUAGGUGUUGUUCCUGUGAGAGCCGAUGAACAAGGUGGUUGGGGCAUCGCUUUUAAGUCGCUUGGUGACGAGUUGCUUGUUAUUGGCGCGCCUUCGGUGUCGAAUAAUGAACGCGCCUUGGCGAUUUAUACUUGUUGUCCUGAUCCUGAUGGUGACAAAUUGAACUGGAAGCAAAUUGAAUGUGGGAGUGUUCAGCUUAAUCAUUUCAUUAGGAAUUGUGCUGUGAUGCGGGGAAGUACUUGAAGGGUAACGUGCUGACAAUUCAGAUCGAAGACGUGUCUCUGUCAAAGUCUCAUAGUCAUAGAGGUUGACAGAUGAAAUCGAAGACGCGUUUGUGUCUAUGUCAGAGGUUGACAGGUGAAGUUAUUCCCAAAAUAAAAGUUGGAGGAUUUAUUUAGUUUAAUGUGGAGGUGCAUUUAGAUGAAAAUUAUGUGUUUCUUUUAAUUUGAUGUUUGUUUGUAAUGUUUCAUUUGGGGGUGUGUCUUUCUGACAUAACUUGUUAGGAAGAAUAUGUUGUUUGUGAAGAAAAUCAGAUAAUGAUAUUCUCAAAUGCUAAUUUUUCAUCUAUUA